GCUGCUGAGGAAAGAGGAGGCGAUAGACAGAACAGAGAGAAAGAGAGAGAGAGAGAAAGAAAGACCAUCCGGCAGAAUAUUUAUUUCCCCAGAAAACAGAGGCGACCGGUCGUCCUCUCCUCCUCGGACAUGUGGUGCACUCAGCAGCAGCAGUAGCAGCAGCAGUGGCGGCUGUGGCGGUGCUGGCGGCGACGGAGCGGCGUAGCUUACUACGUCUUUGGAGCUUCUUUUGUCUUUAAUUUAUUUUUCUUUUAUGCUUCGGUAAUGAGCUUGCUGGGGGCCUACAAGAAAAAGACCAGUUACGAUGGCUAUGAAUCUUUGCAGUUGGUCGAUAGCGGCGGAGAUAGCUUCAGUGUCGGCAGAGGGAGUAGCAGCAGCAGCGGCAGCGCCACACUCGCAGGCUCCAUAGCGGCCACCCUUGGAUCGAAGGCAGGCCCGCUGAGAGAGGAGGACUGCAGCACCAUGGACAGCUCAGGUCCUCUGUCCCCAGACAUGGAUGCCAAUUAUGGCGGAGGACUGUUGGAUAUGGUGAAGGGAGGAGCUGGCAAGUUCUUCAGCAACUUCAAGGACAACUUGAAGGACACGCUGAAAGAUACCUCCACCAAGGUCAUGCAUCAGGUUGCCACGUACACUAAAGGAGAGCUGGACAUUGCCUACAUCACAUCAAGGAUCAUCGUGAUUGACCUACCAGCGGAGUCAGUGCAGAUUGGCUACCAGAACCACGUAGAGGACAUUCGCUCCUUCCUCGACAGUCGCCAUGCCGACCAUUACACUGUCUUCAAUCUACAGCGCAACUACCGCGGCGCCAAAUUUUCCAACAGGGUUUCCGAGUGUAACUGGCCUUCCCGCCAGGCUCCCAGCCUCCACAACCUGUUCGCUGUGUGUAAGAACAUGCACAACUGGCUCAAACAGAAUCCCAAGAAUGUGUGUGUCCUCACCUGCUCGGAUGGUCGUGCUCCCUCGGGUGUUUUGGUUUGUGCCAUGUUCUGCUUCUGCCACCUCUUCAACAACCCGGUUCCUGCCAUGCAGCUGCUCAGCGCCAAGAGACCAGGAUCCGGCCUCUGGCCCUCACACCGCAGGUACAUAGGCUAUGUGUGUAGCAUGGUAUCAGAGAAACCCAGUCUACCCCAUUCCAAGCCCUUGAUGAUCAAGGGUCUCACCAUGAGUCCGGUUCCCUGCUUCAACAAGCAGCGCAGCGGCUGUCGGCCCUUCUGCGACGUCCUCAUCGGAGAGACAAAGAUCUUCACCACUUCACAGGAGUACGAGAGGAUGAGAGAGCACAGAAUCCAAGAGGGUAAGGUCGCUUUCCCUCUGGGUGUGAGUGUGCAAGGAGACGUCAUUGUUUCAGUCUACCACAUGAGGUCGACCAUCGGAGGACGUCUGCAGGCCAAGGUGUCCAACACCCAGAUCUUCCAGAUCCAGUUCCACACUGGCUUCAUUGCUCCUGGUACCACCAUGCUGAAGUUUAGCAAACCGGAGCUGGAUGCAUGCGACUGCCCUGAGAAGUAUCCCCAGCUUUUCCAUGUGAUACUGGACGUGGAGGUGGAGGGGGUGGACAAGCAAAAAGACCUGACACCACCAUGGGAGCAGUUCCCUUCUAAAGACCUAAACCCCAACGUGCUCUUCUCCUGCCACCAGGAGCAUCAGGACGCACUAGCUAUCGCUGAACCAAGUCGGCCCCAAGGAGGUGCAGACGGUCGGGCCCACGGCGAGGAGAGUGAGCCUUCUGAUGAUGAGAUGCUGUUUCUCUCCAGCCAGCGAAGCAACGCCAGCACGGCCCCCCAGAAACCCAACCGCCCUGCUCAGAUGCCUGCUGCCGCUGCACCCGCCGAGGAAGUGGAUCUUCUUGGCCUCGAUGGGGAUCAAAUCAACCGUCCUUCAUCUCAGCCCCCGUCUGCUGCAGCGGCAACCACUGACCUCCUAGGGGACUUGUUCGGGGGCCCACCCCAGCCAACGAGUGCCGCGUCAUCUGCCCAGUCCACACCACAUAAAGUAGUCCCAAGCACUGCCUCGCCAUGUCCCUCACCUGCGCCAACAGCGUUUGAUCCCUUUGGGACGGGUCCUAUGCCGAAGCCUCAGGACAUGAUGGGUUCAUUGCUUGGAACAGGUAAUGUGGGGCAGCCAGACCCCUUCCUGCAUGCUACUCGCUCUCCAUCACCCACCCUGCAGCCUACAAGCUUGGGCCGAAGCUCCCCUGCCCCGCCCUCCGCCCCGACCGUCAACAUUCAGCAGCAAAAUGCAAAGGGAGGAUGGGACUGGAACAGACCUGCUACUACAAGCACAGGCUUUAGUAUGGGCAGUCGGUCCACCACUACGAGCCCCACAGGCUCUGUCAACAGUACCCCCACCCACCAAACCAAGCCAAUAACCCUGGACCCGUUUGCUGACAUAGGGAACCUUGGAGCAGGUUCUGGCUUCUCCAGCAAACCCACCACCCCUACUGGAACUGCCCCUUCCCUCCCUCCCAUGGGCUCCCCGUCGCGACCUCCUCCAUCUCCCCAGCACGCAGAAGGGUGGCAGUCCCACACAGGAGCAGGCUUCCCCUCGUGGCAGCCAGGUGCUGGAAGCGGUGGAGGAUGGCAACACCCAGGACAGAGCCCUGCCCCGCAGCCAAAGCCCAGCCCCAGCCACACGCCCAUGCCUCACACUUCGCCCCAGAACCGACCCAACUACAAUGUCAGCUUCUCAGCAAUGGGAGGGGGCUCUCCCAUUGCGGGGAUUAAAGUACAGGCUAGCACGGGUCCAAAGCCCAACGUCUUGAAUGCCAACUUUGAUGACCUGCUGUCUGGUCAGGGCUUUGCAGGGACCAAAGAGAAGAAAGGGCCGAGGACUAUAGCAGAGAUGAGGAAGGAGGAGAUGGCCAAAGAGAUGGACCCUGAGAAAAUAAAGAUUCUAGACUGGAUCGAGGGGAAGGAGCGUAACAUCCGUGCUCUGCUGUCCACCAUGCACACUGUGCUGUGGGAGGGAGAGACGCGCUGGAAGCCUGUAGGCAUGGCUGACCUAGUUACCCCAGAACAGGUCAAGAAGGUCUACCGCAAAGCCGUCCUGGUCGUCCACCCGGAUAAGGCGACAGGAAAGCCCUAUGAACAAUAUGCCAAGAUGAUUUUCAUGGAACUAAAUGACGCCUGGUCAGAAUUUGAAAGCCAAGGACAAAAACCCCUCUACUGAAUGAAUAGUGAGAGGAAGUAAGUGAGGAGAGGAUGUCCCCUCCUGAUUCUGUCAUCUAAUCCUAAAAUGUUUCACCACCUCUGGUCAACAUACUACAGCCGCACCCUCCAACAUCUGCCUUUAUACCUGUGCUUUGACCCAUACUUCUCUUCUCAACACAUACAAACACAGAACAUCCAGUUGAUCUGCAAAGACGGUAAAAGACUUCAGAACUUCAUUGACUAACUGUGUGACCGCUCAAAUGUACCUCCCUACUGUAUGUUUGUGACUCCCUUGUCGAGUGUCCUUAGCCCUGAAACCAACCCACCAAUCAAAGCAGAGUCACCGGGACGUCUAGAAAAACAAAAAGAAAUGCUUGAUUCAGAGGAGACUAAUCAAAAGACACGAGAGACGGCGGAUGCACAAGAUAAGAGAAACACACGUCAUGUGACUGCUCUAAAUAAGGCAUUCAGGUAGCCAGAUAGGCUGUAAGGCACAAAUAAGCAUUUAACAUCAAUCAAUAGAUAAAUCAAACGAUACUUUGUGUGGUGUUCUGUCAUAUCAAAUGCAUAGUUUUUCAUGCAAUUGAAUGUAUUUAGAAGUAUGGAAAAGAACAGUGGCGUCACGUUGCGAUACUUUUCCUGUUUUCCAUCCAAAACAGGGUGUUUGGAGGUAACAAUCUUUAAAAAGUGAUAUGUAAGUGCAAAGAGAUGAAAACAAACUGCUAAUACCGCUUUGAUUACAGGUUGGCUUCUCCAUUAGCCUUAACAUUUAGUCUGCUGAGGAUAAUUUAAAAUGAAAAUGAUGGGGCUCUCCAAUAAAAACCCAGAUCAGAAGGCUGCUACAAUUUCAAUUCCUGACAUAAUAUCCAUAUGACAAAAAAGGUGUUUGUACUGUAGGAGAGUGAUUCAUUACUGGUGUGUCUGAUGUAAUCAAGACUUGUUUGUUCCCAUGUCUGCAGGGAACUGAGGAUUGUUUACUGUAUUUUAGGAUUAGCACAUGUACAGUUCCAUACAUGAAGCACCUCGAGGCCUCAUGCGCACCCACUCAUACAGUAACAUGUAUUUUUGCAAGGGAGAUCUGUGAAAGCAUAAACUUUACUCCGUGCAGCUUUUGAGGAAAGCCAUUGUUAUUUAUUUAUUUGUUCAUUUUAUUUUGUUGUUUUAUGUAUCAGACCUGCUGCAUUAUUUUGGUUUAAAUGAACUGCACAUGUCGUCAGCUAAUGUAUGUAAAGGACAUGUUCGGGAUAUUUGUAGGCCACUGUGUUUAACUCUUUAGCUGACAAGCUAGCUAAACACAGAAAUGACUUGUAAGACUAUAUCACAAUUUUUGUGUGUAUAACCUUUUAUAGUCUGCAUUAACAUUUGUCCAAACAACAGAUGUGGCACUUAUUGGCCCCACAAACUCCCUACAAUGCAGUUGUGGUUUUAUUUUGCGGGCAAUUCAAAAUAUUGUCAUUCUGUAAGAUGAUAUGAAUUAUUGUGCUUUACAAUAUCUCACUUCUUCGUAUCUCAAAUUCCUAAUUUCUCUCAGAUCCUUCAUAUAUCUCCCGUCAUGACUUUUAUCAAAACACUGAUUCGCAGUGAUUGCAACAUGUUUUUUUGUAUUACUUUAUGUAACCUUUGUGAGAUAUUUCCAUCACAGCACUGACACUUUUAUUUAUAAUUAUAAUGCAGCUUUUUGUCUGGAUGAGUCAUACUGACACCGUUUCAUAUCAACAGCGUGGUUCCACACACAUGCCUGUACAUGUUGCAGGUUUCUAAUAGUUUGAAUCCAGAACAGAUUUAAAUUCUCUCCAUAUACUUUUGUUAAUAUGUUGAUGUUAUUGUUCCUCUGUAUGAUGGAAAUUGACUCCUGACAUUGUCUCCUUGUGUAAAAGGUAUUUUAUUGUCCUGAGAUGAAGUCCAUGGUCCAAUAACAAACAUAUGCAAAAACAGAAUAUACACGUAUUUACUCAUUAACAAGUGGAAACUGAAGCAAUUCGUUCACUCUAAUGUGAUCCUGUAAUAUCCUUACCUUCCAGCUUUGUGUCACUGACAGAGCUCUACUGUAAACCCCUGUAGAGACAUUUUAUUCUGAUGUUUGACAUCAAAAAUGUGUUUAAAGUCAAUUUUCACACACACAAAUUGAGCAGAAUAUUUGCCUCCUCAUGUUCAUGAACUGAUCUUUAUAUCGUUACUGUUUUCAUACUCUCUGUUUUGGAGAUCUUCGUAAUGUUUUUUUCCCUUUUGUUGGACAUUAUUACCCAAGAUUCCCAGUUGGUUCAUCUGUGUUAAGGAUGUUGACUCGAUACUGUCCGGUCGAAAAAAAAGAGUAUGACUGCUAUAAAGCGUUUGUUCAACUGGGGUUGGGACCCAGAAUGGAUCACAUAGCAGAGCGUCUUGACUGAAAUGGAUCCCUGAACAAGACUCUGGGUCUCAGGCUGAAAAUGUUGGACCCUGAUCUCAAGGCUACUGACUUACCAGACACAGGAAGUGUGUCGUGUGUGCUUCUGUGCUCUAUUUACACUGAGGACCUACAUGUGAAAUAACCCUCUUAAGCUCCCUCACUGACUGAAUUCUCUAUCUGCAAUCUUACGGCUAUGUUAAAAAGCUAACCUCUAUAUUGUAGUCAAUGAAUGUGUGUUGUUUGAAGUUGUGGUGCGUAUGGAAUUGAUCAGAUUUGGAUACAGACUACUGUACGUUAUGUGUUUGCCUGUCUGCUGUAAGUAUUACUAAACUGUGUAAAGAAUUCUGUUCAUGUGUUCCUUUUCAGGUCUGUUUACCGUUACAUGAUGUACAUAAUGAUCAAGUGCAGUGCACAAAAAUAAAUAGUCAACA